UUAAAUAUGUUAAUGUUUUUAUAUAUAUUUAGGUGAUUUAGAUAUUUUAGAGUAUUCAAAAUAUUUUUGUAGUUUGUUUUAUUUGAAUAUUUUUUAGUUAACUUAGAUAGUUUAACUAUUUUUUAAUUAGAUUUAUAAAUAAUUUAUAUAUUUUAAAAAAAUUUAAUCAAUUUUCGAAGUUUUUUAAAAUAUAUUUCUGUACGAUUUUAAACAUUGGUUAAAUUCAAUCCGAACCUAACCGAAUCGAACCCGAUCUGAUAAUUAGUAAAAGCCGAAUGGUAUUUAUGAGCAUAACACCGAAAGUCCGAAAAUCCGAAUCUCUCGGACCGAAACCGAACAGACCACCGAACGCCCAGGCCUAGUUUCGGGUUUUGACUCGGUUUAGUGAUCGUGAAACAAUACAAUAAAACAAUACAAUAAGUUGUUGGAGACACGUCUCCAGAGGGCUCCUUUCAUCCUCCGAGUUCUCUUCAAACAUUAGGCGUAUGGAUGGAGUGUGGUGUAACUAACUGAGCCAAGCACCAUAUGGAUUCAUAAUAAUGGGCCAAUCCCAUAUGAUUUUCCUAAUAAUGGGCCAAGCGUCAUAUGAUUCUCUCGUCAUGUCCAUUUACCCGUCAUGAAAUUUGAGGUUCAAGCUUCAUCAAUAAGGACCACAAAAGAUUAAGAUGCACCAAAUAGAAGUUAUAACGGUGUAACUUCAUAGUUGAAAAGUGAAGGCUUGUAGGAUUUCAUGUGACUUGGGGGAAAAAGACAAGAAGAAAUUAAAACAAGGGAGAUAGAUACACAAGAAAGUGAAAAAUAGUGAAGUUGAGGACGUGAAUAUGUGGAAAAAGCAGCAGCAAUUUGCUCUAACCGGUCACAUCUCACAUGCUCUGUUUUCGCCACCACAUCUCCUUUUACCUUCUCACAAACUAAUACUUUGUGGUCUCAAAAUUAUGUAAAUGUGGUUUUGCCACUCGUAAUUAAAAUUAUUAAUACAGUGUCCAACUUUUUCUUCUCACCAAGUUCUAAAAUGAAAACAAAAUUCUCAACACACAAAUGGUUAUAGUAUUAUUUUUGCGAGUAAUAAUAAUCAGUUGAUAAAAUAGCUUAUCAAAAGGCACUCUCCAUAUAUUUUUAUUAGUUUUAUAGGACGAUCUUUUGUUUAAUUUGUUAUAACUUAUAUAUAUUAUUUAACUAUAUAUUGUUUUUCCAUAUUUUAAGAUUUGUCUCUCAUUUCUUCCAAGAAAGUUAUUGUUUAUGCUUAAAGAUGCAAGACCAUAAAAUACAUGAAAAAAAAAAAAUUGGGCACAAGAUAUAUUUUUAAUCUUUUUAACCCGAACAAAAUAUUUUUAACCUAAAUAAUGACGGAAUCACACGGCUACCUUACACCUUCCACACAUUCUUAAUCCUUCUUUGUGGCCACAUCACAAGCUACCACAAACACUAAUCACGUUUUGUAGUAUAUAUACAUGGAGAGAGAGGAAGGUAUAGUUUCAGACAGUAACAGACUAACAAACAGUACACAACGGUAUUAUGUUGGUAACAGAUCAAAGAGCAGAGAGAUCAGAGUCGAAACAUAUGAAGAAAGGAUCUUGCAAGAGUCAUAGACUCACCAAUAUGAUGGAGAAGUGGAGGAAGUGUAAGAAAGGACACUUCUCUGUGUACACCAGAGAAGGCAAAAGGUUUGUUUUGCCGUUGGAUUAUCUGAAACAUCCAAUCGUUCAGGUCUUACUGGAGAUGGCGGAGGAAGAGUUCGGUUCCACAAUUUGUGGCCCUUUAAAGGUUCCUUGCGAUGGAGCUUUGAUGGAUCACAUCCUCAUGUUGCUCAGAAUGAAGAGUUUGUCUAGCCAUGGUGGUGAUGAUGAUGAUGUGAAGAAGAAGAACCAUGAUGUGUCAUGCAAAGAAGCUUCAUCGGUUUCAUAUUUCUUCCCUCUCUUUCGCUGCAACGCAGCCCAUGAUCAGACCAAGCUUCAGUCUCUAGUUUUUUAACACUUUUAUGCGUUGUGGAGAACGCUUUUACAAAGAAAGUUUAUUUCUGUUUGUACAUAUAUAUAUAUAGAGAAACAGAGAUUCUGUAUAA